AUGGAGGACGCAGAGGCGCGCCGAUCUCGCCUGCGCGGCAUGCGCGAGUCCGCGGCGCAGCAACAGGCGGCGUCCCCCGCGCCCGUGCCUUCCGCCGCGCUCUCCGCGCUCCCCUCCCCCGAUUUCUCGACUGCCAGCGCUUAUCCGCAUGCAUCCGCGCCGACGCCAACGGGGGAAGGCGGACAUGGGGAAGAUCGAUCUGCUAGACGGCCGGCAGCAGGAGGCUCGGGGGGAUUUUCGUUCUAUACGGAUCCUAUGGCAGCCUAUCAGCAGCAGCCACGUGUAGGGUCCGGAUUGGGCCCGCCUGCCGCGCGCACUCCCUCCCCGCGCUUGCCUUCCGCGCAUCUUCCCCCCUCCCCUGUUCCUUCCCCCGCUGGCUCCGCCGGUCACUUGCUGUACGCGAACCACCAUUCCGUUCCGCCCAGCUACACCCCUCCCCCGGGCCAAUCCCCUCUUCCCGCGCACACCCCCCUUCCGCCCGCCUACACCCCGCCCCCCAGCUACACCCCUCCGCCCAGUUAUACCCCUCCCCCUGGCCACGCCCCUCCCCCACCUUCCGCGGGUCCCCCAAGCGGGGGACCCUUCAGCGCGCCCAUCCUCCGCCAUCCUCCCCCGGGUGGCGGAAUGGGGGUGGCCUUCUCCCCCCUGCCCGCGCCCAUGCGCCAGGCUACCCCUCCCUCCGCGCCCCUGUACCAGUCAACGCCUCCCCCGGGUAUAACCCCCCCUGGCGCGCCUGGUGGUGCUGCGUGUGCUGCUUCCCCCAUGCACCUCCCCCCUGCCUCGUGGGGGUGUCCGCCUGGCUCAGGCGAUCAGAGUUACACUGGCCGCGGUAAUUCCAUUAGCGCCAGCGCGAUAGUAAGCAAAGGCAGCGCGCUGUUUCGUGACGGUGGCUCGCUGCAAUCGCACAUUGCCGCAGCCCUUUCAAGCGGAAUGCGCGCCGCUGCGCCGCUAGUAGCGGGAGGGUUGGCUCAGGCGCAAUCCGCGCAGCAGCAAAACCGCCGCCUGGAGAAGGCGGAAGAGCGGAGAAAAGCGGAGAUGGGAAAUGGCGGAAAGAAAGAGGGGAAGAACGGCGGGUUGAAAGGAGGCAGUGGCGGCAGCAGAAAGGAAAAUGCUCUCUCCUCUUCGAAUUCAAAUCAGCAUUCCUUGCCCUCCUCCCCCUCCUCCCCCUCGUCGCCCUCUUCCUCUCCUUCUCUCGCCUCGCUCUCUCCUUCCUCCUGGAUUCCUCUCCCCCUCUCCUCUCAAACCCCUUCCUCCUCUGCCACGUCACCAUGCCAACUCCUCACUCAGUUCAGACUCCUCUCGGGCAGCAAUAACUUUCACCAUCCUUCCCGCACUGUUCAUCCAAGUGACACUUUUCAUCCGGGCGGCAUCUGGGGGAGGCUCGCGCAGGGAGGCUGGUGGCCGGCAGGGGAGCAGGCAGAGGAGGUGGAGCUAUCCGGAGUGCACAAG